UACAGUCCUUUCGCGCUCUCCCCCACUGGGAAGCCUCGGCAGAAGUUGAAUUGAUCCAUUCGAUUGAUGCACGAGAUAUCUACCGCGCUUGAUCAUAAACAAUAGAAGUUGAAGGUCAACACGAAUCAAUCGAUCAAUCAAUCUUUGAAAACCAUCUUAGAAAUUUCUCUUUCGCUCUGAUUCUCUCUUCCUCUUCUCACCAGUUCUUCGAUGGUAACAACCUCUUAUUCUUUUCAGAUUAUUCCAUUUUCUUUGAUUUCGAUUGUCAACAUUCUAGGGUUUCUAGUUCAUAUAGUUUUUACAAUCCUCAUGUCUCUUCUGUUCUGUAGCAUUCAGUGGAUUGCUCUGAUCAGUCAUCGUCUGUUAUUAUUUGCGGGAAUAUCAUGAAAGGGUUGGAAUUUUGUUCUUCUCGAGUUCUCUCGUUUGAGUUAUGAUUUUUGAAUUCAGUUUGUCAUUUUAGAGGCUCUGUUAAAAAUUUGUGUCGUGUAAGUACAAUGGGAGGGGUCUGUUCGGCCGGGUUAACGAACAGAGGUACAGUGAAUUUGAUCAAUGGUUCCAAGAACGUUGCAAAAAUCAAAAGGAUUAAGAGCUCUCGAGAGGAGACAAAAGAUGAUUUCUCAUUUUCUGAUGAGAAUGUUUAUGAAACUACCCAAUCAAAAGUCGAUUUUUGCGAGCUAUCCAUCUCUUGUGAAUUGAAGUCGCAGCCACCACCAUCAAGGACAUCGUCCAGCAAGGUGCCACAUAUGAGCUCAAUUUUGGGAAGGGCUCGCAUUGUUGGACUAGAGAGGGCUGUGGAGGUCUUAGACACACUUGGAAGUAGCAUGUCAAAUUUGAACGCCAGCACUGGAUUUGUUUCUGGGAUGACUUCAAGAAAGAACAAAAUGUCUAUCUUGGCAUUUGAAGUAGCUAAUACAAUUGUCAAAGGUGCAAAUCUUCUGCAAUCUCUGUCUAAGGAAAGUAUACAGUUCUUGAAAAAGGAGAUCCUACUCUCAGAUGGGGUACAACGAUUAGUGUCAACAGAUAUGGAGGAAUUGCUAAGAAUUGCCGCUGCUGACAAAAGGGAGGAGUGGGAUGUGUUCUCCAGGGAAGUGUUUAGGUUUGGGAACCUAUGUAAAGAUCCUCAAUGGCACAACCUGGGUCGCUGUUUUCAAAAGCUGGAUUCAGAUACUACAACCCACAGGCAGAUCAAAGAAGAGGUAGAAAUGACAAUACAGGAACUAGCAACUUUGGCCCUGAAUACUGCUGAAUUGUACCAUGAGUUACAUGCAUUGGAUAGAUUUGAACAAGAUUAUCGACAGAAGGUGGAGGAGUUAGAGUCCUUGCAUCUCACUCAAGGAGGAGAGAAUCUCAUGAUAUUGCAAAGUGAACUAAAACACCAAAGAAAGCUUGUGAGGAGUUUGGAAAAGAAGUCUCUUUGGUCAAAAAAUUUGGAAGAGAUCAUGGGAAAGCUUGUUGACAUUGUUACUUUCAUUUAUGAAGAGAUCAUGGAAGCCUUUGGAAAUAGUGGUACAACAUUGAUUAGCAAGGAUCCAAUUCACAAAUCUCAAAAAUUAGGUGUAUGUGGUCUUGCAUUGCAUUACGCCAGCAUCAUCAGUCAGAUAGAUAGUAUUGUGUCUCGGCGAAGUUCUCUUCCUCCUAAUGCAAGGGAUACACUGUAUCAUGCAUUGCCUCCUGGUGUUAAAGCAGCUCUACGUACUCGAUUACAGUCAUUUCAGGCCAAGGAAGAGCUUACAGCUUCUCAGAUCAAAGAUGAAAUGGAAAAAACGCUAAGAUGGCUAGUGCCUGUAGCUGUAAAUACAGCCAAAGCACAUAAAUCUUUUGGUUGGGUUGGAGAAUGGGCAAACACUAGUUCUGAGUUCAAGAAGAAGACAUCUGCACCUAAUAAUCUGUUGCGUCUUCAGACACUCUAUCAUGCAGACAGGGAGAAGACAGAGCUACAUAUCCUCGAGGUGGUAACAUGGCUUCACCGUCUGAUCAGCCAAGUAAGAAGCAGAGACUAUGGAUUCAAGCCACUCUUUCCUGGUCGAUCCCCAACACAUAAUGUCCUAUUUUUAAGGUCCAAAACCCAGCAAGGCUCAUUACCAAUGUACAACAAUGGUAAAAUCAAUGGUGAAGCCUCGCUUUUACGGCCGGAAACCAGUAGAAGCUCAUCCCCAGUGCCAUAUAAUGGUAAAAGCAAUGGGCUUUUACGGCCGGAAACCAGUAGAAGCUCUUCCCCAGUGCCAUACAAUGGUGAAAGCAAUGGUAGAGCCCUGCUUUUACAGCCUGAAAUCCAUGAAAGCUUAUCCCAAAAGCAUAAUAAUGGGAAAAUCAAUGGUGAAUCCCUGGUUUUACGGCCUAAAUCCCAUCAAAGCUCGUCUGCAGGGAAUAACGAUCGUAAAACCAAUAGCAAGGUCCUGUUUCAGAAUUUACAGGCUGAAACCCAACAAUAUUUAUCCCCAUUGCAUGAUGAUGGUAAAACCAACAUCAAGAAGUCACAGCCACAGCCUGAAAACCAGCAAGACUCGUCUCCAUUGACAAGUAGUAGUAAAAUCAAUAGUAAAACCAGUAAAAAGGUUUCUAAAUUAUCUCAAGAAGACAGAGAAAUGUUGGAAAGGAUCAAGUGGAGAAGGCUGGUUCCUAGAAGAAGCAAAAGCCUGGAAUUCAGUGUGGGCAAGAAGGGAGGGAAGCAAAGUUUGAGGCUGAGCAGGAGCACUGGUAACUCUCCUAUGAGCUCAGUGCAUCUCAAGACGUUGACUGUACCAUGACUGACAUUUUGGACGUGAUGGGUGGGCUGAGUAUCUCUUCGCAUGAUUUGCAUUUUUUUCUCAUUUCCCAAUUUCAGUUUUGCAUUCGAAUCACCCAACCCCAGAAAAGAAAAGGAAAGAAAGAAACAGGGAAGAAAAUCCAUCUAAUUUUUGUAUUUCCUUUUGACUUUGUUCGGUUCUGAUGUAAAUAGAUGUUUUGUUUAUGGUUUCCUUUUGUGCUUUAUAAAUAAUAAUUAAUUAUAUUGGUUCCGAAGAAAAAUUUAUGCC